AUGAACCUGUCAAGCGUCCUUCCUCUACUGGUCGCUUGUCUCAUAUCACUAGUUUCUGCUCAAGGAAAUAAAGAAGCUGUUGAGUUAUCAUCAGCCAAUCAUGAUCAUAUUUUGGGUAGUGCAACGGUAGUUUUCGUCGCCUUUUGUGCCGAUUGGUGUCCAUUUUCCCGUCGACUGAAACCAAUUUUCGAAGAAUCCGCCCGUGUCUUCCAUCAAGAGAAUCCACAAGCUUCUGCCGUUUGGGCGAUUGUUGACAGUCAACGACAGGCAGACAUCGGAGACAAAUACUUUGUUAAUAAAUAUCCAACGAUGAAGGUGUUCGUUAAUGGAGAACUUAUUAGCAAGGAAUACAGAUCGACUCGUUCCGUGGAAGCUCUCACAAACUUCGUGAAAUAUCAACUCUCAACUGCAAUGAAUGAGUUCUCAUCUCAAGACCAAUUAAAUCAAGAAAUGGAUAAAUCGAAGAGAAAUAUCGUAGCUUGGUUGAAGAAGGAUGGGCCAGAAUUCGCUAAUCUCAAGAAAGUAGCCUCAAUCCUCCGUGAAGACUGCUCAUUCUGGGUACCAACUGAUAAUUUCGGAACUCAAACAACUGAGAAUAAGCUCUCUUUCUUCGAUCCGGAUAACAACGAAGAAGCGAAAUUCACUGGAAACUUCAACGAUUAUGACUUUGUGAAACAGUGGGUAACCGAUAAAUGUAUUCCAUUGGUUCGUGAAGUUACAUUCGAGAAUGUGGAGGAAUUGACUGAAGAAGGAAUGCCUUUCCUCAUUUAUUUCCGUGAUCCGGAUAACAAAUCAACGGAUAAACUGUUCGGAGAGGCAGUUGCAAGAGAACUUUAUGAUCAGAGAUCAGCAAUUAAUCCACUUUUGGCCGAUGGACACAAAUUUGCUCAUCCAUUGAAACAUUUGGGAAAAACAAAGGAGGAUCUCCCAGUUCUUGCAAUCGAUUCAUUCCAACACAUGUAUUUGUUCCCUGACAUGACACAGAUGAAUGUUCCUGGAAAGUUGAGAGAGUUCGUAAUGGAUCUUCACUCUGGAAAACUUCACAAAGAGUUCCACGAGAAUCUCGAUCAACGAAUGAUUGAUCUCGCAAAGGCAAAGGCCGCCCGUGGAAUCACCGAUGAUCACGAAGCACAAGCUCCGUCUGCUCGUCCAAUCGAUACAACUCCACCACCAUCUGUCUUCAAGGAUCUGAAACCAUCCGAUAAACGAUACUCGAUUCUUCAGAAAUCCGAAUUGUAA